GAUUGCGUCACAUCCGGCGCCCGGGCGCCGCUUCCGGAAGGGGCUUCAUAGUUGUGGUGACCGGUGGGUUAUACGCUGGGCUUAGCGCGUCUCCGCUGCCUGACCAGUGGACAACACGGCGGCGUCAUGGUUGAGGAGGUACAGAAACACUCUGUACACACGCUUGUGUUCAGGUCAUUGAAAAGGACCCAUGAUAUGUUUGUAGCUGAUAAUGGAAAACCUGUGCCUUUGGAUGAAGAGAGUCAUAAACGAAAAAUGGCAAUCAAGCUCCGUAAUGAGUAUGGCCCCGUGUUGCAUAUGCCUACUUCAAAAGAAAACCUUAAAGAGAAGGGCCCUCAGAAUGCGACGGAUUCAUAUGGCCAAAAACAGUACCCUGCCAAUCAAGGUCAAGAAGUUGAAUAUGUGGUAACAGGGACACAUCCAUAUCCACCAGGACCUGGGGUGGCUCUGACAGCGGAUACUAAAGUGCAGAGAAUGCCGAGUGAGUCCGCUGCGCAGUCCUUGGCAGUGGCAUCACCUUCUCCUCAGGCCAGGACUGAUACAAAUCGGACUACAUCUGGGGGCAGUGAGUACCGCCAUCCUGGGGCUUCUGAGCGCGCGCAGCCUGCAGGAGUGAAUUCGAUGGUUAUGGAGACCGGCAAUACCAAGAAUUCUGCACUGAUGGCUAAAAAAGCCCCUACAAUGCCAAAGCCCCAGUGGCACCCACCGUGGAAACUCUACAGGGUGAUCAGUGGGCAUCUCGGCUGGGUGCGCUGCAUCGCCGUGGAACCUGGGAAUCAGUGGUUUGUUACCGGGUCUGCUGACCGAACUAUAAAGAUCUGGGACUUGGCUAGUGGCAAGUUGAAGCUGUCGCUAACAGGGCACAUCAGCACGGUGCGGGGUGUGAUUGUGAGCACAAGGAGCCCAUACCUGUUCUCUUGCGGGGAAGACAAGCAAGUCAAGUGCUGGGAUCUUGAGUAUAAUAAGGUUAUAAGGCACUAUCAUGGACAUCUAAGUGCCGUGUAUGGUUUGGAUUUGCAUCCAACAAUUGAUGUGCUGGUAACCUGUAGUCGCGAUUCAACUGCACGGAUCUGGGAUGUGAGAACUAAAGCCAGUGUCCACACUCUCUCCGGCCACACGAAUGCAGUGGCCACAGUGAGGUGCCAAGCCGCGGAGCCACAGAUCAUCACUGGAAGCCAUGACACUACAAUACGAUUGUGGGAUCUGGUGGCCGGAAAAACAAGAGUGACAUUAACAAAUCAUAAAAAGUCCGUCAGGGCCGUGGUUUUACAUCCCCGGCAUUACACGUUUGCAUCCGGUUCGCCAGAUAACAUAAAACAGUGGAAGUUCCCGGACGGAAGUUUCAUUCAGAAUCUUUCUGGUCAUAAUGCCAUCAUUAAUACAUUGACAGUGAAUUCCGAUGGAGUGCUUGUAUCUGGAGCUGACAAUGGUACUAUGCAUCUUUGGGACUGGAGAACUGGCUACAAUUUUCAGAGAGUUCAUGCAGCCGUACAGCCUGGCUCUUUGGACAGUGAAUCAGGAAUAUUUGCUUGUGCUUUUGACCAGUCUGAAAGUCGAUUACUAACAGCGGAAGCAGAUAAAACCAUCAAAGUGUACAGAGAGGACGAUACCGCAACAGAAGAAACUCAUCCAGUCAGCUGGAAGCCAGAAAUUAUCAAAAGAAAGCGAUUUUAAUGUGGUGGUGUCUUCAUGGUGGUUCCUCUAUUUUUUUUUUUUUUUUAAAGCUUGGCAUUGAUGAGGCGAUCCAGUCAUUCUGUGUUCUGGCUGGGACUGUAAAGGAGCAACUCACUUGCUGGAACUAUUGCUGCUUCGUAUUUUACAAUAAACUGCCCCCCAUGGCCUUCCCUAUCCCAUGUUUUUUUAUUUCUAAAAUAAAGUGUGUGACCUAGAAAGUAAGACACAAA